UUGAGAGUUCAUCUGAGAGAGCUGUAGCGACAGAGAUUGAUGUACUGAGUACGUGAUUUGUGAUUGUGAAGUGCUCCUUUUUCACCUAUAUUGUAUUUUACAAAGUUAACCGGUGCUAGAUUUAACAAUUACGGUUUUCAGCAGAGUAUACAGUUUCCUAUUGACGAUUUCGUGUGAAGACAACAGUAUAAUUUGUACUGCCUUUUAGAUUUGUGGACUGUGUGAGCUGACCGAAAAUGAAUUUGUAACACAGAAAGAUAUUUGGACUGUUGCAUACGACACGCCCAAGCCAAGGAUAGUGACAUGUGAUGUGACAAUACAGUGAUCAUAUCUCUGUGCAGUAGCCAGGAGCUGAUGGAAAGCCAAAACAGACAGAUGAGAAGGAGAGAGAGACCUUGCAACAGGAUUCGUCAUCUAAGUCUACAGCCGCAGAACUGAGAUACAUUUUCUGCUACGAACCAGAGUGAUUGCCCAUUUUUCUCACUUGGAAAUGAUGUCAGACGUCUCACGGACUAUUCGGUAGUAUGGAGCGGCGGUACUCGGUGCCGCCAGCGGCGGGGCCCAGCAGCGGCGCGGUCGACGAGGCGGCGCUGCGGCCCGCCGCCACGCUCGCGCCUUCCGCCUCGGAGGACCUGCACGCCUGGUCCAUCUACAGACAAAACCUAAAUUCAGAUUUCACGGAUUCAGCUCUGGGAUCCAGUGAGAAAUCUCCACUUCCAUAUGGGAACUUCCAGCUGAGAGAAUCAACAGUGCAGUCUAUUCUGAAUCACCCAAGAUAUGGACCUAAGUCUGCUCUUGGAGCAAAUAUGUAUACGUACCUGAAAUUUGGACUGCCACGUGUUUUUCCUCCAUCAAGAGGACCACGUGAUGGCUCGAGUGGCUACGAUUCCAGUGAUGAUGGGUCCCCAAAUCCUCAUCAUGGACGGUAUAUGCGCUCACGAAGUGACCCGGAUUUCAGAAACCAUUUUAUGCACAAGUCAUACACUGGUCAUGGGCCAUGGCCAGGAUUACCUCCUGGUGCAGGAAGAGCAGAGGAUUUUCGACUUCGUAGUACAAGUAGUGAAGCUAAUUUGAUGUCACAUGAGGCACAUAUCCGUCACCAUACUCAUCGCCGAAGUAUGCAUGAACACAGUAUGCCUUUUGACAUUGAGCGAUCCCCGGUGACAGGAGGAAGCCAACUUGGAGCUCAUCAAAGACCAUCAAAGGCAGGAUCUCACAUAUCACUGCCAGUGAGCCGCCACAGUCACUCUCAUCCUCCACAUCCCCACAUGCAUCCUGCACACAGGGAUGGGCGCACUAUGAGUUCUCGUCUUGGUCCUGUUUCAGAGAGUGCUUACAUCCCAAGAGAGUCAUACUGUGUACCUUUGCCAGAAAAUAUUGAACUUGGAGCUUACUCAAAAUACCCACAUCUGCAGGUUAGGGGACUGGAAGUUGAAACAGGACAAAAACAGCAGCUACUGCUUGCCGGGAUUUCAUUUGAAGUUCAUGGAGGUGAAAUCAUGGCUGUUAUGGCUACAACAGAAGAAGAAGGCACGGCCCUACUGGAGGUGUUAUCAGGGCGUUCCUCUAACAUAGGCAAGAUCCGUGGUGACGUCAUAUUAAAUGGGCAACCAGUACAUUCAAAACAAUUAAAGGAAUGUGUUGCAUAUGUCCAUUGUGAUGGCUUCCUGUGCCCAGAUCUGAGUGUUCUUCAGACACUUCAUUUUUACAACUGGAUGCGAAAGGCCAGCAGUCUCAUCACAAAAAUGGCGAUUAAAGACAGGAUUGAUGCUCUAAUUGAAGAUUUAGGACUAGAUCAAGUGAGAUACACCAAAGUGGCUAGUCUGACAAUGUCUGAAAAGUGUCGACUGAGUGUGGCAUCUCAGCUGUUAUUGGAUACUGAUAUAGUUGUGCUCGACCAACCCACGAGAGGAAUGGAUAUUUUUGACACAUUUUUCCUGAUUGAAUUCUUGAGACAGUGGGCUGGAAAUGGUGGAGCAGGAGGUAUCAGUGGUGGUCGUAUUGUAAUCUUAACAUUACAUCCUCCAACAUAUGAGAUAUUUACAAUGCUUUCGAGAGUUGUGCUUAUAUCGGCUGGACAAUUAAUGUUCAGUGGACGAAGACGAGACAUGCUUCCAUAUUUUGCUACAGUAGACUAUCCGUGUCCAGCCUAUAAAAAUCCUUCUGACUAUUAUCUUGACCUUGUGACAUUGGAUGACUUAUCUGCUGAGGCAAUGCUUGAGUCAAGUCAGAGGAUAGAGCAACUUGCAGAAUUGUUUCGACGGAGGCAAGAACCGUUAUCUGAUCCAGGGCCUCCAGUGGCUUUGCCAGCAAGUGUAAAGCAGGCAAACUGCUGUACACAAAUUUUUAUGUUGUUACUGCGUGCACUAAUAUACACCCAGCCUUUGAGUCUGAUUCACUGGUGCACACAGCUACUGGUUGCAGCUGUGAUGUCAGUUAUACUGGGAGCAAUUUUCUUUGAUCUUCCAAAUACAGACCCUCAGCUAGUACUUGGUGACAGACAAGGAUUUCACUAUGCUGUUUCAUGUGUUGCUAUUUGGCCAGUACUUCUCCAGUUGUCACUCGGUAAUGUGAGGCGGGAAAGAUGGUCAGUGUACCGUGACAUACGAGAUCACUUGUACAGCAGGCUGAUUUACAUUGUGACAAAGUUCAUUUACAACAUUCCCGCUUCAGCAUGUGUGUGGCUUGCGUACCUAAUUCCAGCAUACUUACUGAGUGGCCUACAGGAUCAGACAUAUGAAACACCUACCCUUUACAUUUAUUUAGGCUACAUGUUGCUGCAACUCCUUGCCCUGCAGACAAUGGCGACAGUAGUGGCACUAGCAGUUCGUGCGUGGUCUGUAAGUUCCCUGUUGGUGGGCCUUGUUGGCCUUGUACUAUCUCUGGCCUCAGGGUUACUUCUCCACCCUGCAGAUAUGGGAGAAUGGUGUCGAUGGGUAGCUGCAGUGUCGCCUGCUCAUCUCUUGUUGCCACCACUGUUGCACCGUCAGUACCAACCUCAAGUACUAGCAGCUGCAACUGCCACCUGUCAUAACCGCCCAGUCCAGAGGCAAGAUAUCAUUGUGCAGGUGGCAUGUCCUCCACCCAAUGGCACUGCUGCUCUCCUUUAUAGUGGACUUAUACCCGGCAAGCCAGAAUAUGCACUACCACUUACAGUUCUUGUUUUCUGGGUUGUGUGCUUCCUGUUAGCAGCAGCCAGCUUUCUCAUAUGCCGGCAUCAACCACGUCGCCCGAGAACAAAUCCUAACAAACCGUAAAAAUGUUACUACAGUGGAACUUCACUCAGUGAAAUACCCGUGCCACACUAUCUGUUCCAUUUUGUAACAUUCACUCUCAAAACAAUUUUAAAUAACUGUGAGGCUUCCUUUCUGCCAGCAAUUUUGUAAAUUUUUUCUAUUAUUUAUCAAUGUGAAUUGCUGUAGAUAUAUCUCAGUUUAUUCAAAAUGGGAAGUUACCAUAUUACCAUUCAUAACUGGAUGUGUAUAACUAAUCAUCAAGUGUAUGCCACUGAUACAUAAUUUAUUUAAGUAAUACUAAUACUUAUAAGUAUCAUUGACAGUAAAAGUGGGUUUUUAUACUGUAAUUAAUUUGUGUGUAAA